AGAAAGAAGUCUCGUCACUCGGCGUACUUAGUUACUUCGACCCGAACGCAGAAACCGUCAUCGAAACUGACGCUUCACUGAAGGGAUUAGGCGCUGUGUUACUACAAGACGGAAAGCCUGUAUGCUAUGCUUCUAAAGCCCUCACCGAAACUGAACAGCAAUACAGCAACAUUGAACGCGAAGCACUCGGCGUUGUUUGGGGACUUGAAAGGUUCCACUACUUCAUCUACGGCAAAUCCUGCACAAUUCACACAGACCACAAGCCACUUGAAGCAAUCUUCAAGAAGAAACUCAGCAACUGCCCUGCAAGAUUACAGAGGUUUGUACUACGAGCACUGAAGUAUGACGUUACCAUAAAAUAUGUCAAAGGAGCUGAAGUACCAAUUGCCGAUGCCCUCUCGAGGGUAUCACCACAACCAGCCCCGCUCAACGACGAAUUCCCACAGCUGGACAUCCACCAGAUCACAAAGAACCUUCCAGCGUCACCGAUAAAGCUUCAACAGAUUCGCAACGAAAUAGCCAGCGACCCAACGUUAAGCAAACUCCGCAACGUAAUACAUGAAGGAUGGCCCGCAACCAGAGAGAAAUGCCCUCAAGUACUCCAUGACUACUGGAACUUCCGCGAGGAACUCACCAUUGAGGACGGCCUCAUCCUGAAGCAAGAGCGGAUAGUUAUGCCUACCACACUCAGGCAUGAUACUCUCAACACCAUCCACCAAGGACAUCUCGGACAGGAAAAGUGCCUUUUGCGAGCCAGAUCAGCAGUAUUUUGGCCAGGCAUCACCAGAGAUGUCACCAACUUAGUCCAAGACUGUGCAACUUGCCAAGCAUACCAAAGGAAGCAACAGAAACAACCAAUUCUACAGCCUGAACCACCCUCCUACCCAUGGCAGAUGCUCAGCUCAGACUUAUUCGAAUUCAGAGGAAACCAGUACCUCCUGAUAUCCGACAAGUACAGCAAGUUUCCAAUUGUCAGGAAGCUUACCAACACUACGUCCCGUGCUAUCAUCAACCACCUGAAAAGCAUUUUCGCCGAACAUGGGAUACCCGAAUGUCUUACUACAGACAAUGGCCCUCAGUACGCAUCACAGGAAUUCUGCGACUUCAUGGAAACCUAUGGAGUAGAACAUGUCACCAGUUCACCAAUGUACCCUCAAUCCAACGGCUCUGCGGAACGCAUGGUUCAGACAGUAGAGAAUAUCCUCAAGAAAUGUGACAACGAAGGAGAAGAUCCUUAUCUUGGACUGCUACCAUACCGUACGACACCUAUCAGCAGCAACCUAAAAUCACCAGCUGAACUACUAAACAACCGCAAGCUAAGGACAACUCUACCAAUGCCCAAGCGUGUAAGUGUCACCGACAGCACCAGCAAGACUAAGGAAGAGCUGUAUCAGCGACAAAAGUUACAAGCAUUCUACUACGACAAAGCUGCUGGACCGAUAUUACAACCAUUCCGACCAGCUCAGCCCAUCAACAUCUAUGACCACCACACCACGAGAUGGGAACAAGGACCAGUCGUCAGGCCUGCGAAAGAACCAAGAUCCUACAUUGUUAAGAAUGAUCGAACCGAAGGCAUCUACCGUCGCACUCGAUCACAGCUGAAGCUCAGACCCGAGGUAAAGGACAACAGUAUCAAAGACCCACCAUCAUCUGAUCCUGAGAAAGCAGCAUCGCAAGACAGCUCAACUACGCCACCUCAGGACGGCCAAACCUAUACGACAAGAUCUGGACGUACCUCAAAGCCCCCUAACAGACUAGAUUUUUAGAUACCUGAACAUUUUCAACAUUAUGACAUGAACAUUGGCAAUAGGCAUGAACAUGAUCAUCAGUUAUUAAUAUCAUUAUACAUAAUCGUUAUAGGUUGUUUUGUUAAAGAGAGGGGGAUGUAACAGUAUCUGACUGUGCGAUUACAUAAUGGGACAAUUUCUGGUCACGCGUUGUUUACAUAACAUGAAUUGUCACGUGCAGUAUUUUUCCCGCCGUUUUGCUAUAUGUAUUACUUUGGUCCUAAAUAAAUGGUUGAGUUAAACAACACAA